UGCAAAGGACAGCAUUCUGGUGUCAUGGCGUCUACAUAAACAGAAGUUAAUACCCAGUCCUGCGAACUGCGGAAUCAGUGCAUCUGAAAGAGAAAAGAACACAACAAAUUAUGCAGUCAGAAAAGCGGUCCAAAGAAGAUACUUGGAAACCAGACGACUUAAAGAAACAUAUUCAUGCAGUGAAGAGUGACAGUGAUACAAAGAAAAGAGAUCGACCACGAGCAGCUGAUGAGAAAGGCGAGAACGGCAGUGCAGACUCUAGAGAGCGUAGACACAGGGAGCGAGAAAAAGAAGUGGACAGAGAAAAGGAGAGACACAGGGAAAAAGACAGAGACAAGACUAAAGAUCGAGAAAGAGAGAGGGAGAAAGAGCCAGACAGAGACCAGGGAAAAGAGAAGGACAGAAACAGAGAUAGAGACAAGGAUCGAAGAAAAAAUGAUGAAAGAGACAGGGGAAAGGAGAGAGAGAGGGACAGAAGAAAAGAGGAGCAAAGGGGCAAAGACAGAGACCGUGACAGAGGGAAAGAGAGGGAUAGAGAAAGAGACCGUGAUCUGGAGAGGGAGAGGGAGAGGGGAAAAGACCGUCUUAAAGAGAAAGAUAGGGAACAGGGUCACAAGAAAGAACAAGCCAAGGAGACGGGAAGCAAUCCUGACAAGCAGCGAGAGAGGCACCGGGACCGACAGAGAGAUGAUGAAAGGAGAGAACGACAUAGAGAACGAGAACACGCGAGACGGAAGGAAGAGAAAGAAAAUGGAGGGGUAACUAAAGGAGAAAAUGAAGAACGAGAAAGGAGGCACAGAGAAAGAAGGAAAAAAGGAGAGAUGAGUUCAGAGGAUUAUGGGGAGAAUCGCAGACAAAAUGCAGAAUCCAAAGAUGAGGAGCGUGACCGCAGGCGCCGGGAGCGCAGAGAAUCUGAUGGUCCUAAGGAGGACAGGGAGAGGCGGAGGAGGGACGGGAAAGAACGCGAACACAAAGCGAGAGACAAAGACAGGGAGAGGAAACCAAGAGAGAAAAGAUAUACUAGAGAAGAAAUGCCAACAGAUGCUGAAGAACUGAGUCGGAAGACAAGACAGCUCAACCCAAGGCACAGAGAGAAACAAGACUUGGGUGAAGCAGACAAUGAGAGACCAAACAGAGAGAGGAAAGAGGUAAAGGAUAAUGAGCAAAGCACAAAAAGGCCUCAGUCAGAAUGGGGAGCUAGUCAGAGAGGAUUAAGUGAUACAGAGGAGCCAGAUGAUGAAACAAAAGAGGCAGCUGUUGAGAAGCCAGUUAUAGAUGAGGUGCAUUCUGAAGAACCAGAAGAUAACUACGAUGAGGACUUUGAAGACUAUGAUGAUGAUUUUGAGGAUGAUGAUGAUGCUGGUGACGGUGAUGAAAAUGGAGACAGAGAGGACAAAGAAGACAUCUCUCCAUACGAAAGGGCUGAGAUUGAAGCAAUACAAAGAGCGAUGGUUGCAGAGAAUGAACAGAUGGGUGUUGUGCAACCAAGGAACAAAAGCGAAGAACUUGAUAAACCAAAAAGAGAUUCGACUGACAGCUACAACAAGGGAGCGCAACGUGGCAAGUUUAUUGACUUUGUGGCAGCAAAGCAUCGAGAAGUGAGCCAAAACGUAGCCUGUAAGCAGAAAAAGCGCAGCACAGCUUUGCUUCGGCUGAUUGAGCUUGACUUCUCUGUCAGUUUUUCCCUGCUGGAUUUGCCACCGUUAAAUGAAUAUGACAUGUACAUAAAAAACUUCGGUACAACAAACACAAAACAGGCAUAUAUACAGUGUAAUGAAGACAACACUGAUCGAGAUAUUCAAACAGAGGAAAUAGAAAGGGUUGAAAAAUGGACGCAACAUCCUGGAGAAAGCAGUGUUGUGUGUGCAGGUCCCAGUAGCAGUAAUGAAUCUUCACCAGAGUCCAUGACUAAACUGAGUAUUGAUUCUCAAAGGCUGUCAACAUUUUUGCGGUCAGCUUCUCAGGUUAUUGCUGUUUUACUAGAAGAAGACCGCUCAGAAAAACAGUCUGGUCAGAGUCUCAGAUCUCAGGCAGCCAGUUUAUCAGUCAGUGAUGGAAGCUUGCUGCUCAACACCAAUCUACCAUUCCUGCUCGGUCGGGAAGUAUGUGGACUACACUUCUCCAAUGUACAAAGGCAAACAAUGCUUUCCGUGCACAGUCCAUCAAGAAAGCCCAGUGCUGUUCGGCUUGACAGUAAGAGCAUCGUGUGUGUGUGGAACAUCUGGGAGCCAUCAAAUCCACACAAAGUGCUCAUCUGUGAAUCAGUGAUUCAGUGCUGUUGCUUCAGUCCCGGUAAAGCCACUCUGGUGUUUGCUGGAACUGUUGAUGGUUCAGUGGUGGUCUGGGAUCUCCGUGAGCACUCCACUUUACAUUAUACAAUGAGGAUUGGGAAUCUGGACUGGACUCUCAGAUAUCCUACAUUUUCUACUGAUGCCAUCCUAGCGACUUCAAGCCACUUAUGUCCUGUAAGGACUGUAGAACCGGUGUCAGCUAACGUAGCUGAAGGUCAGAGUCAAGGAUUUUCUCUGCUGUCAUCUCAGGAAGAAACUUUAGGAUUGUCUUUCCAGUUAGCAUCUCUUGAUGAAAGUGGACUGCUUAAUCUGUGGGUUGUUGUGGAAUUGCCAAAAGCUAAUCUUGCAGGUUCACAAAAUGAUUUAGGUCUCAAACCAGGCGGGAAAGUAAAACUGCUACAUAGCUCUUCAAUCAAUACCAACAGCAGCUCUCUUCCAAGAGACACUUUUCAGGCGGGGCCUUCCCAGGCACUGAUGGUCAAAUUCUUCCCUUCUGAUUCCAAUCAUUUCUUUAUUGGCACGGACAUGGGUUUAGUGAGCCAUGGUACCAGACAUGGUUUACGAGUGCCACCAAAGUCCUACAACUCACAGAUGACUGGGAUCAAACCAGUUCAUGUCACUUCUAUUGACUUCUCUGCUUUUGGAGAUCCAGUAUUUUUGGUUGGCUGUGCAGAUGGGAGUAUAAGAUUGCAUUCAACAACGACUGAAUACCCCAUCAUGGAGUGGAAUGGUAGCACCAACGGAGAGCCUAUAAUCUCUGUGCAGUGGGCUCUGACAAGACCAGCAGUGUUUUUUGUAUUAGAUGCAGCAUCCUGUCUUUAUAUAUGGGAUUUAUUGGCAAACGAUUUCCAGCCUGUAAUAAAAGAAAAAAAUCAGUUGGAUGAAAUUACAACCAUGUCCGUCUUUGGUGAUCCCGGGAAGCAAAAUUCAUUUGCAGGGAUAUCGCUUGCAAAGCAGUCUGGGAAAAUAGAGAUUCACUACUUAAACAAGCAAUGGUCAGUGCCAAACACAGAAGAGAUAGAAAAGCUGCAUGAUAUUUUGAACCAGUCAAUUAUAUAAUUUCAUUAAGCUUUUUCAAUUUGCCUUAUUUACAAUUGAGAACAUGCAUGACAUGCUCUGAGAGUAGUCUGUAGUUAAACUAGCUCUCUUACCAGCUUAUCUCUGACAAUCCUCAUGUCUUUGUUAGCAAAACUGCACAUUUCUCAAGGGAUCUACUGUAUAAACAAAAUUGCUUCGAACCCUGUAACUUUGUAUUAUGUACAAAUCUAAAUAUUUAUAAAAUGCAGUACCCUGUAAAGUAACCGAUUUGAUUCCAUUCUUAAUUAAAGAUGUAUUUUGGUUUAGUCUUGCAAAUCUUAUUGGAUAGUUUUUCAAACUGAGCUACAGUCAUUAGCCCAAAUAUAUAAUUUAAAAACUGUUCGAUUUAAAUUGACUUCAUACAGUAAUGGGAGCAGAAAAAAGGUGGAAUAUAAUUUUAAAUGUGGAAAAUAAAAUAAGCCAACUGAGCAUCUAAUUUAAUAACAGUAAUUUACAGUUCAUUUCUUUUUGUCUUUCUAUGUGUAUAUAGUUUUUUUUUUUGUUGUAAAUUUGCAAUAAGCAUAUUUUUAUUUGUAUGGUGUUUGCAUACAGUGCUUCUGUAAAUACACUAAAUAAAUGAUAAUCAGUGUUUACAUA